AAAAUGCCCGUGCGACUUCACCGCCGCCGCCGCCGUCGUUCAUGACCAGCUAGCAGCAGCAGCUGCCUUGUGCCUCCUUUCUUUUGUUUCGCCGCCGACCCAAACCGCGAGAGCGUGUGCAUGCGCCCGUGUGCUCGUUGGUGCGUUCGUGUGCGCAAUUGUGUGCGUGCGGGAGAGCCGAGUUGUGGUGUUCGGUGUGUGUAUUAUGUGCGUGUGAGCUACAGCCUAGUGACUACAGUGACUGUGUGUGUGUGUGAGAGCGCCGUCGUCGUCGUCGUCGUCGUUGUCGUCGCCGCCGCCGCCGCCGCGUUCGCGUAUACACACACGUACGCAACGUAAUAUAAAUGUUAUAAAAAAUAAUAAUAAUACUUAAAUAUUCUUAUAAAUAAUACUAUUGUUAAUCUAGAGUAGGUUUAGAUUGACGGACCGCAGAAGCCAGUGUAUGUGUGUCUGCGUUUGACGUCUGUAUUUUAGUAUUUAUAAAUAAAAUUGUGUACGUGUGCGCGCGCGGUGUCCGUAUGUAUCCGUCGUAGGUAUUCGCGUUCGCGUGCAAUAAUAAUAAUACAAAUUAUAAUAAUAAAAUAAUAAUAAUAAUCAAUCAAUUUUGUGAUACAUUUUUUACCCGUUAUACUGUAGGUACAUUUUACAGUCGUUUCGUUUUAUAUACCAUUUCGUCGUCCGACCGUACGCGACGCGUUUUAAAAAUUGUACGAAAAACUUCCUCGAAGAGAAUGCCGAGCGCAUCGUUCAGCUCGACUCGUUCUUAUACGCGGAGGACGAGGAGAAAAGGCACCAACCGUCUGCCUAUACCGUCUAGGACGUCGAAUUCCGGUGGAGUUGUUGAAGCUGGAGUAACAUGUGAACCUUUAGUUGCUGCAAGUGGUAGCUAUGCAACUCCAGGGGGUGCUAGUACUAGUACUAGCUUCCAACAUGUGCCACCUUAUGAUCUACGUGGCCGAAAAUCACCUUUACACUUACAUGAUGCUAGUACAGCUGGAUUUAAUGCUACAGCACCAGUACAUCCAACUGCUACUCGUCCUACAUCACCUACAGCAUCAGCUACCGCAUCAGUGUUGCAGUCGGCUGCUACACCACCUUUAUCUCAGCCUGCCCGUAAACGGCUUAGGCGAAAUACUUCUUGUACAAUUACUAGCUCUGACAAUUCAAAUUCGGCCGCCCAUUAUUUACAAUGUGAACUGCCAGAUGAGGUUAUGUUGACAAUAUUCAGUUACUUAUAUGAACAAGAUCUAUGCAGAAUAGCUCAAGUUUGUAAACGAUUUCAAGCAAUAGCUAAUGAUAAUAAUCUAUGGAAAAGAUUGUAUCAAAGUGUAUUUGAGUAUGAUACACCACUGUUUCAUACAGAAAAUAGCCGUUUUGAUUUUAUUCCAUUUGAAGAAAGUGAACACCAUAAUCCAUGGAAAGAAAGUUUUAGGCAACUAAAAAAACGUUGUUUACAUGUACGACCACAUUAUAAUGGUACUGCUAAAGACCCAGUUAGGAGAAUGCCACAUUUUGAAACAAUUCAAGCUGGUUUAGAUCAUGCUGAUGAACAUUUAAAUGGUGGAGCAAAAAUAUUUUUACAUCCUGGUACUUAUCGAGGAGAAUUUUUGGUGAUAGAUUCAGAUAUAACAUUAAUUGGAGCUGCUCCUGGUGUGGUUGCUGAUGCAGUAAUUCUUGAAAGAGAAACUGAAUCAACUGUAAUGUUUGUUGAGGGCGCUAAAAGUGCCUAUUUGGGACAUGUCACAUUAAAAUUUACUCCAAACGUUACUUCAACUGUACCACAUCACAAACAUUUUUGUUUGGAAGUUGGCGAAAAUUGUUCACCAACAAUCGAUCAUUGUAUUAUUAGAAGUUCCUCAGUUGUAGGAGCAGCUGUAUGUGUUAGUGGAGCUGGUGCAAAUCCUAGGAUUCACCAUUGUGAUGUUAGUGACUGUGAAAAUGUUGGUAUUUAUGUAACUGAUCAUGCUCAAGGAACAUUUGAAGACAAUGAAAUUUGUAGAAAUGCUUUAGCUGGUGUUUGGGUCAAAAAUCAUGCAAAUCCAGUGAUGCGUCGCAACCAUAUACACCAUGGAAGAGAUGUGGGCAUAUUUACGUUUGAUAAUGGAUUGGGAUUUUUUGAAGCCAACGAUAUCCACAAUAACCGCAUUGCUGGUUUUGAAGUCAAGGCUGGAGCUAAUCCAUCUGUUGUACAAUGCGAGAUUCAUCAUGGUCAGACAGGUGGAAUCUAUGUCCAUGAAAAUGGUCUCGGUCAGUUUAUUGAUAACAGAAUUCAUAGUAAUAAUUUUGCCGGUGUUUGGAUCACUUCCAACAGCAAUCCUACCAUACGGCGUAAUGAUAUAUAUAAUGGACAUCAAGGAGGAGUAUAUAUAUUUGGUGAAGGCAGAGGACUUAUUGAACAUAACAAUAUAUAUGGAAAUGCAUUAGCUGGUAUUCAAAUUCGUACUAACAGUGACCCAAUUGUUCGGCAUAACAAAAUUCAUCAUGGUCAACAUGGCGGAAUAUAUGUACACGAAAAAGGUGCAGGGCUUGUUGAAGAAAAUGAAGUAUAUGCGAACACAUUAGCUGGUGUUUGGAUUACUACUGGUAGUACUCCAGUUUUACGCCGCAACAGAAUACAUUCUGGUAAACAAGUGGGUGUGUAUUUCUAUGAUAAUGGACAUGGAAAACUCGAAGACAAUGACAUUUUUAAUCACUUAUAUUCUGGGGUUCAAAUAAGAACUGGUAGUAAUCCAAUAAUUAAAGGUAAUAAAAUCUGGGGAGGUCAAAAUGGUGGAGUUUUAGUGUAUAAUGGUGGAUUAGGAGUUUUGGAACAAAAUGAAAUAUUUGAUAAUGCAAUGGCUGGUGUUUGGAUAAAAACUGACUCAAACCCAACACUUAAACGAAAUAAGAUCUAUGAUGGUAGAGAUGGUGGAAUUUGUAUAUUCAAUGGUGGGAAAGGUAAUUUAGAAGAAAAUGAAAUAUUUAGAAACGCUCAAGCUGGUGUUUUAAUUUCAACUCAAAGCCAUCCUACAUUGAGGCGCAAUAGAAUUUUUGAUGGUUUAGCUGCUGGUGUUGAAAUUACUAACAAUGCAACAGCUACCUUAGAUAGUAAUCAAAUAUUUAAUAACCGUUUUGGUGGGCUUUGCUUAGCCAGCGGUGUACAACCUAUUGUUAGAUGCAAUAAAAUUUUUAGUAAUCAAGAUGCUGUAGAAAAAGCUGUUGCCAAUGGUCAAUGUUUGUAUAAAAUAUCCUCAUACACUUCAUUUCCUAUGCAUGAUUUUUACCGUUGUCAGACAUGCAACACGACUGAUAGAAAUGCAAUUUGUGUAAAUUGUAUAAAAACAUGCCAUGCUGGACAUGAUGUUGAAUUCAUAAGGCAUGACAGAUUCUUUUGUGAUUGUGGAGCCGGCACUUUAAAUAACCAAUGUCAGUUACAAGGCGAACCAACACAGGACACAGAUACAUUGUAUGACUCUGCAGCACCUAUUGAAUCACACACUUUAAUGGUAAAUUAAUAGAAGACAGUAAAGAAGACAUUUUAAAAACUUCAUAUUAAGUAAAAGGAAGUGUAUGUAUCAUAUUAGGAUUUUUAAUUUCUAGUAAAUAAUACUUGAUGUUAUAUAAACCAAUUAACAAACCUAUUGUAUGGUUUAUUAUGUAACCUUAAGUAUAAAUUUAUUCAUUCCUUUUGUUCUUCUACUUAACAAAAAUAUUUUUCGUUUUAAAACUAAAUAAAACGUAAAACC